AUGGUUGAAUUUCGUGGAGGACAAGAUUAUAACUGGAAGAAUUCCAAAGACUCCUACCCUUCUUUCAAUUGCAAAAAUGCAGUCGAUUCAUUUUUACCAACAAAUAACUUGCGAAUGCAAGGUCAUCAUCACAGUCAUAGUCAUCACAACCAAGAUCACCGACAGCACCAUCAGAGCCAGUCUCAACAACAAAAUCAGUCUCAACAAAAAGGCUCUCUUCAAUUAUGGCGAUUUUUAGUUACAAUGCUUGAUGAUCCUGCCAGUCAACAUCUCAUUUGUUGGGCCGGCAGGAAACUUGAAUUCAAGCUGAAUGAACCAGAAGAGGUUGCACGUCUAUGGGGAAUCCAAAAGAACAGACCAACAAUGAACUAUGAUAAGCUGAGUCGAUCACUUCGAUACUACUAUGAAAAAGGAAUAAUCAGUAAGGUGUCUGGGGAGCGUUAUGUCUACCGCUUCGUAUAUGAACCAGAGGUUUUAGCAAAGCUCACUCUAGACGACAAUCUUGCCUCGGUUGCUCCAUCCAAGCCGAAGAAGAUUUGCCAACCAAUGAUGACAGCUACUCAAGAAGUCAUUUUCCCCUCACCUCCUUCUCAGUCGAUAAUUUCCUCACCGCAGAUAUGUCAAACGGCAAUACAAACUAAUACGCCUUUUCCUCAACCCUCUAUUUCUCCCUCGCAACCAAACCAAACCCAACCCCAACUCCUUCCUCCCCAAGAAAUGAUCUAUCAACCCCAUUGGGAAGAACAAGUCAUAUAUCCCGCCAACUAUGAAUAUGAAUGGAGUGAUACAUACGGAUCCACUAAUGUUCAAGUUAACUACCCCGUCAACCAGCAUUAUGAUUAUUCGUAUUCCUACGACCACACAAACCAAUUCUACUGUACUGACAUUAAUACUGAUAAUUAUGCGUUGUUUGAAUGUUCUGAUUAUUUUUAA